AUGGAUCAUAUUCGAAGAUUCUACGAUCGUAUCAACUGUCAUAGUAAGUUUAAUGCACGAUAUUACAUUAUUAAAUCGAUAGUUACCUUGAGCAAUAAUCGACAUUGUUGUUUUUCUCGUCUAUACUUAGUCAAGAAUACAUCAAAGAAUUUUCAAGAUCGUCUUGACCGUCCUGCAGGAUCGUAUAAGAUCGAUAACAUCGGUGACUAUCCGUGCGAAUAUAAUCCCAAAGUGCACGGACCGUACAAUCCGGCCCGUUUUUACGGCACACCCGACACGCCGUUUUCGCAACUGAAACUCUGUGAGGUUACCGAUUGGGUGAAGCGCCGCAAUAAAUCACCAAAAUCAAUAGUUGGGUUAUUUUCUCGCGCUUAUUGGAGAUGGUCACACCAAUAUGUACAACCGAAACGUUCAACAGCAGCACCGUUAAUUCAUUACAUUGCCGGUAUGAUGUUAAUAUUUUACAUAAUGAACUAUGGAAAAAUUAUUCGUGAACGCCAUUACAAAUACCACUGA